GAUGGCCCACCUGAGGCUUUGUUUAAAGAAACAUAUCUGGACAAUUUCUCUACAGUUUCCUCGACGCCCUAUUGCUCAGUAGACCUCUCCGAAGUUUGUCAUACAAAGGUUUGCCUGACGUGUUUAAGUCCAAAAUCCAGCAAAUUAUUGACGGAUUGUGAAAGUGUCAAGGACAAAUGUGCAAAGGCGACCUCGUAACAAGUCAGUCGACUUACGGAUAAAACAAGAUGUAAAAACAGAGCCUGAGAGUAACGUUUCUUAUUGUGACUGACUCCCUUGAGGGAGACGCGUAGUCAGGCGUGAACUCCUUCACUUCCCCAUUCUGCCAACUCGCUGCAGUCCUUCCGCAAAGCAGGUGUUUCAAACAGAGCUUUGUUUUCAGAUGCAGAGGCUUCUAACUGGGGUGCGUUUGUGCAUUUACACUUUUCCAUUUAAGUGAUAUAAUGUCCAACAUUGACUAAGUCAGCGAGGCUUAGAUUUGCUAGGCUCGAGUUUAGAGGACACCAUGAGGUUUAACGGGUAUCUGAAGUUGCGCAUCGGCGAAGCGGUGGACCUGAAGCACACGACCACCUCUAUGCGACACGCCGUGAUGUUCAGCAAGGUGAACCAGACCCUGGACCCGUACAUCAUAGUGAAAGUGGACGAGUAUAAGAUCGGACAGACGCACACCAAGCAGAAAACCAACAUGCCCACUUAUAACGAGGAGUUCUCCGUUACCGUCAACCACGGCAAGCAGGUAGAGCUGGCCGUUUUUCAUGACGCACCGAUCGGGUACGAUGACUUCGUGGCCAACUGCACCAUCCAGUUUGAUGAUCUGAUGAAGAGCACGAACACAGAGGAGUCAUUUGAAGGAUGGAUUGAUCUUGAACCUGAGGGUAAGGUCUACAUCCUGGUUACUCUCACAGGCUCAUUUGUAGAUGAUGAUGCUGGAGGAAACACGCAUUCCUAUAAGGAAUUCACUCGAAAGCGGCAACAGGCAGUUCGAAGAAAAAUCCAUCAAGUAAACGGGCACAAGUUUAUGUCGACCUUCCUUAAGCAACCAACUUUCUGCUUCCACUGCAAAGAAUUUAUAUGGGGUGUUUUUGGCAAACAGGGCUACCAAUGUCAAGUGUGCACCUGUGUGGUACACAAGCGAUGUCAUCAGUUUGUGGUUACGGUCUGUCCACGCAUGAAGAAACCUGCAAAGGAACAGACUACGAAUCAGGGUUUCAGUAUAAACAUUCCCCAUAAGUUCAACAUCCACAAUUAUAAGGUUCCUACUUUCUGUGACCACUGUGGCUCUUUGCUGUGGGGCAUCGUACGGCAAGGAUUGCAAUGCAAAAUUUGUAAAAUGAAUGUCCAUAUCCGCUGUAAGGGAAAUGUUGCCCCAAACUGUGGAGUCAACAAUGUAGAACUGGCCAAUAAAUUGGCAGAAAUGGGCCUUCAGCCGGGAGGAAUGACCAAACGCAACUCAGUGGGUCUCGCAGGUAUGGACACUCAGUGCCGUACAUUGAGCGUGAGAGGAGAUCGAGGGCCAUCUAAAAAAGACCCAGAUCGAAAGCUGGGAAUGUCUAACUUCACACUGCUGCAGGUGUUAGGAAAAGGCAGCUUCGGCAAGGUGAUGUUGGUGCGGUUGAAUGGUUCGGAUCAGGUGUUUGCAGUGAAGGUGUUAAAGAAAGACAUCAUACUGCAGGAUGAUGAUGUGGAGUGCACAAUGACAGAAAAACGAGUGUUAUCCCUCGCUUCCAGUCAUCCUUACCUCACUCAGCUUUACUGUUGCUUCCAAACACCGGAGCGUCUGUUUUUUGUAAUGGAGUUUGUGAAUGGAGGAGAUCUGAUGUUUCACAUUCAGAAAUCGAGAAAGUUUGAGGAGAACAGAGCCAGAUUCUACACAGCGGAGAUCACAUCUGCUUUAAUAUUCCUCCACAGCAAGGGAAUAAUAUACAGGGAUCUGAAGCUGGAUAAUGUUCUGCUGGAUAAAGAUGGUCAUUGUAAACUGGCUGAUUUUGGCAUGUGCAAGGAGGGAAUGUUUGAGGGUGUUGUCACAGGAACCUUCUGUGGAACCCCAGAUUACAUUGCUCCAGAGAUCCUUCAGGAGAUGCUGUAUGGGCCAUCGGUUGAUUGGUGGGCUCUCGGUGUGCUGCUGUAUGAGAUGUUAUCUGGCCACGCCCCCUUUGAGGCGGAGAAUGAGGAUGACCUUUUUGAGUCCAUCCUGACUGAAGAGAUCAUCUACACAUCUUGGCUCAGCACAAAUGCCGUGGACAUACUGAAAGGGUUUCUGACAAAGAAUCCAUCCCGUCGUCUGGGUUGUGUGGCCGCAGAGGGAGGAGAGGCCGCUGUAACCAGUCACCCAUUUUUUACUGACAUUGACUGGGACAAACUUAACCAGCGAGAGCUUGAACCACCUUUCAAGCCUAGAAUUAAAACUGCAGAAGAUGUGAAUAACUUUGAUCCAGACUUCACCAUAGAGGAUCCUACUCUUACACCCAUUGAUGAGUCAGUCAUCCCAUCCAUCAAUCAGGACGAGUUCUGUGACUUCUCCUUUACCUCCCCUGAACUGUUGGAAGUGGUUUCAGAUUUGCAAUGCACAGAGGAAGAAACAUGUGAUGUCAUGAAGGAACAGAAUGCGGGAGGAUUAUGUGAUGUGAUAGAACCAAAUGAAUUGUGACAAUAGAAACUUUCACGAGCAGUCUAAAGAAACAUCUGAAUAUCGGUGUAUUGAAACCGGUUGUGCAUUUUGAUGCCUAGCUUUUUGGUCUUAGCCUAAGAUAUAAGAUUAUUUUGGAUUAAGCUUAUGCUUCAGAACAAUAGUGUAAUUGUCUUUGUGUCAGACACAUCAUGAGUGAGUGAUAUGCAAAGAUUUCCAUGAGACUCCAUCAUGGAAGACAGCAGUUUACACAAAAUUGAUCAAUAGAUGAACUUGUCUGUUCCAUACUGUAGCUGAUAUAACGGUUCAUUUUCAGAUGUUUAGGAAACUUGAUCUGAGACUAACACAGCCAAACGUCAUGCAGAAACAGCACUAAUUCUGUCAGAAUUACUCUACUGCCAAGGAACCACGGAAAUCUGACUCAUGAGAAUUUUUUUUAAUGUAGACUCUAGAUUUGUAAGAUAUUUUCAGACAUUUCUGUGUAUAUCUGUGCAGUUUGUUAUUUUGUCUGUUUGUAUGUUAUUACAUUUCAGCUAAAAAAUUUCACCCAUGAUUCAACUCUGGCAUCUUUAGAUGUAUUUUAUUGUUGAUAAAGGUUGCGGUAUUGAGUUCUCUGCAGACCAAGGCCAUCUCCCCUCUGUUGUUCUGAGGGGUUAAAGGCUAACACACCCAGGUGAGAGGUUGACCAGUUUCAAUUAUUUAUAUUCAGGCAAGUGAUUCUUCUUCCUCAUCCUCAUCAUUGUUUAAUGGUGUUUAUUUGGCUCUUGUCAGUCCGAGCAGAGUGAAAUAUCUGUUGGUGAAUUCUUUUGUGCCUGUGCGUAUUUGGCACUGAUUUGCUGUUAUUAAUUUUGUGUCUGUAGGAGUAUGCAAGUUAAGUUGGAAUUACUAUCAAAUACAUAAGUUUAUAGUAUUCUUUGCUGAAAAUAGCACCUAAAAAGCUUAAGAUGGUUUUCUGGUGUAAGAGACCUGCUAAGACCAAGAUUUUGACAUUUUUCCAAACUCCCAUGGCAGUUUGUUACAUUUUGCAAAAUUGCUGUCAAAAUAGUUAGUUUCUUUAUGAGAUUGUGUUGAGUUUUUCUCACCAUAUCUAUGUUGGACGCCAAUGGCGUGACACAAAAAAAGCAAAUAAAAUCAGCGAAUCUUUCUAUGCUAUUUUCCCUCUGCCUCAGUAGAUAAAAUAAAUAAAUAAAAAGUCUGGGCUAUUGA